AUGGCUGCCGAGAAGAAGACAGAGGUUCUGGAGAAGAAGAUUUCAAUAAAGCCUCGAUACAAGAUGUCAAGGGGUGUACAAGUAGAAUCGCUUCUAAAGUGUGCAGAUAACAGUGGGGCAAAGAUCCUCAGAUGUAUUGGGGUGAAGAGGUACAGAGGAAGACUCAACAGACUUCCGGCUGCAGCUCCAGGAGAUAUCUGUGUUGUAUCUGUUAAGAAGGGAAAGCCUGAGCUCCGAAAGAAGGUACACUAUGCCAUUCUUAUAAGGCAGAAGAAGAUUUGGAGACGUACCGACGGAUCUCAUAUUAUGUUUGAGGAUAAUGCAGCAGUCCUUAUUAACAACAAGGGAGAGUUGAGAGGUGCACAGAUAGCUGGACCUGUGCCCAGAGAGGUUGCUGAUAUGUGGCCCAAGAUAUCAUCCCAAGCAUCAUCUAUCAAUUGA